CUUUGUAUUUUUAAGUGAUAUUUUUAAUUUGAUUUACUAUAGGUAAAAUAACCUACCUUAUAGAUAAAUCGUAAUUUAUACAAUCGCUUCAACUCGUACUCCGCUAACACCUGUGAUGUUCAAAUACUACCCUCAAGAACAGGGUUACUCAGGUUUCACUGAACAACUUAUUGGCUUCUGGCCUUGUCAUUAAGAUUGUAGGGGACACCUAUUUGAAAAUUUUCUACUUUAGUUGUGGUUGAUGCAUUGACAAGACGAUUUCUUUCCUAGGACGUUGCAAAUAUGGAAGUGUCUCAAAAUUUUCACUUGAAUUCAAAACAUUCAGCGGGUGGGGGUGGGUUCCGAUUGACAAGUACUGAGUUGACUGCUUACGCAGUAAUUUCUUUUGUUGUGGUGUUAUGGUUUCAUUACAAAUGGAGCCGCAGACACUUCGAAAGAGUGGCAGCCAAAAUGACGGGACCACCGUCAUAUCCAAUUAUUGGCUCAGGGCUUGAGUUUGUUGGUACACCUCAACAGGUCAUAGAAAGAAUAAUUAAACUGUUUGAAAUCUAUGGUUCCGAACCGUUCAAAAUAUGGUUAGGUACAUCUUUAGGCGUGACCAUAUGCAAGCCAGAAGACGUACAAAUAGUAUUAAACAGUUCCAAGGCUUUGGAGAAAGACAAGUUCUAUAAAUUUUUCAAGAAUACUGUAGGUGAAGGUCUUUUUUCAGCCCCAGUUAAUAAAUGGCGAAAACAUCGUCGUCUGAUUACUCCAGUAUUUAAUGCCAAUCUUCUCGAUCAAUUUUUUCCUGUUUUUAAUGAAAGAAACCAAAUUCUCACCAGGAGUCUAAAAAAAGAAUUAGGUAAAACACAGCCAUUUGAUCUUUGGGACUAUAUAGCGAAUACCACUCUUGAUAUAAUCUGUCAAACCGCAAUGGGUUACAAACUUGACACUCAAUUAAAUAAAGAGUCUGAAUUUGCUGAAGCAUUAACAAAAGCAUCAGAAUUAGAUUCCAUGAGAAUUUACAAGCCAUGGUUAUAUCCCGACAUAAUAUUUUCAAUUUAUAGAAAACUUACGGGACUACACAAGGUAUACAAAACGUUACACGCACUUCCAAAUCAGGUAAUCAAGGAAAUGAAAGAAACAUACACACAAAGAAAAAUGAAAAAUAAAAAUAACACCAUAGAUGACACCGAUGGUGAUAAAAAGCAUUUUAAAGGGUUUUUGGACACGUUAUUGGAACUGAAUGAAGCUGGUGCAAAUUUUUCUGAUGAAGAACUUAGAGACGAAGUUGUGACUAUGAUGAUUGGUGGUAGUGAAACCAGCGCUAUCACACUUUGCUUUUGUCUAUUAAUGUUAGCUAUCCAUCAAGAAAUUCAAGAUAAGGUUUACGAUGAAAUUUUUGAAGUAUUAGGUGACGGUGACCAAACAAUAACUAUUGAAGACACUACUAAAUUAGUUUACCUCGAACAAUGUUUACGAGAAACUCUCCGAUUAUACCCUGUAGGACCAAUGAUACUCAGACAACUCCAAGAUGAUGUUAAAAUUUUUUCCGGCGAUCACACGCUACCAAAAGGCACAACAUGUGUUAUAUCUCCAAUAUGUACGCACCAUAUUCCUGAGCUGUAUCCAAAUUCAUGGUCGUAUAACCCGGAUAAUUUCGACGCUGAAAAUGUUAAUAAACGCCAUAAAUAUAGUUUUAUAGCUUUCAGUGGCGGUCCAAGGGGUUGCAUAGGAUCCAAAUAUGCUAUGUUGUCAAUGAAAGUUCUAGUAUCAACGUUUUUGCGAAACUACAGUGUACACACAGACAUAAAAUUAAGUGACAUCAAAUUAAAACUAGAUUUAUUAAUGAGAAGUGCUAAUGGUUAUCCUGUGACUAUUCGACCAAGAGAUAGAAGACCUACGUAUAAAAAGAAUUAAACAUAUUGGGAGGAAAAUUUGUGAUAGAUAAUAUCAUAAUAUAUUAUCAAAGAAUAAAAACAAGAUUAAGCUAAUGAGUAAUUUGUAAAUGGUUUUAUAAAAAAAGUGUUUUAAAUUCAAUUUUAAAAUAGGUGUUAUUAUAUGUUUUAAUAUUAUUG